UAGAAUUGAGUUAAAAACGUGGACUGGAGAUGUAAAAUUGGAAAUUAAAAGUUUUUACGACGCAAUUGAACAUGCUUUACAAGAUACUUCACUUGAUAUUCAAAAACAAGAAAGACUAAAUGUUUUAAAGGAAACGCCUGAAGAUACGGCUCGAAAUAGAUCAGAUCUAAAAUAUUCAAAUGAAGCACGCAAUGCUUAUGAUGAUAUUUAUAAUGCACUGGAGACUUUGAAUGAGACUUUGAAUAAGACAGAUUUAACAAAAUUUGAUGGCAAUGACCCAUUAAGAAUACAAGUUAUUGAUAUAUCUUCUGAGUGGGCUCGUUCUUAUCUUAAAAAUGAUACAAUUGAUUUUUUCAAGGGAAGCUUUUCAAGAAGUUUGAUUUUAGAUAAAAGUAUAACGGAAGAAUGUAAAGAAAUAAUCCAAAAACAUCAUAUAAAUAAAGAUUUAAAGUGGGUUAUUUCUGAAGGGUCCGUCCCUUCUUUAAACAAAUGGGUAGAAAGUGUGGAGUCACAAAAGCAUUGUGCACAAAAAAUUCUUGAAUCUUUAACUGGCAUCUGGAAUUUAAGAACAAUUUGGUCCAAAAAUCAGUCCGAGAGAAUUUAUGUAGCGCAAAUUGUUGAACCACUCAUUUCUGUUGCGCUCGAAAAUCUGCCAGUAGAUAUUAAAUAUGAACUAAAAGGAGAAAAGCAAAGUCUUGCUAGUAAAAAUUAUAAGUCAAAUUCCUUGAACUCUGCAGUUGGUGAUCGUCCGGACAUAAUGUUUACUAUAAAAAUCGGCGAGAGUCAUCUUGAGUUGCUUUAUGUUGAAAGUGGUCGUUGUCUGACUACAGAUCAAAAGGUUUUUUCAGAUCAUAACAAGUUAGCUUGUUUAUGCAAAGGGGGAUAUAAAUAUGUAACUACUCGGAAAAAAUUAGACAAUAAAAAUAUUUAUUCUUUCCUUACGAUUUUAGGCAUAAAUAUAGCUGGCGAUCAUAUGAAGAUAUAUGGACUUCAACGGAAAGAUAAUCCUUACUUUUAUUUUCCACUUGCCGAAGCCUGCAUACCUUUAGAAAAUACAUCAUGGGAAAAUGUUCAAGACUUAGUUUACGCGCUAUUAUUAAUACGACACAUUAUUAUAGUCGUGGCUCAUAAUUUAAGGACUGCUAAAAAAUACAAUAAUGCUAAAAAAGGAAAAAAGAAAUCGACACAUAUCAUGUUAAAGGAAAACACUACAUUACAAAAAUUAUAUUUAGAUUUGAAUACAAUUAGCAACGGUGGUUCUUUAAUAGCAAAAUCACUUUACACUAAUACUACAUUGAGA